UUAAGGCGGUCAGCGGUGAUAAUGAUGAAAAGAUUUUCAAUGCACCGGGGAAACAAAAAUCCAAAGUGUGGACUGUUUUUGGGUUUUACAAGAAGGAAGGGAAGCUCGACAGAAGCCGUGCUGUUUGUAAGCUGUGUAGAGCAUCCUUAACGUACACCGGCAGCACUACAAAUCUCGACCAGCAUGCUAGGAGGAGACACGGUCAGGAAUACAUCGGGGAGACCCGCACCAACGAGCAGGAGCACACUGCAAGCAGUAGCACACAGCCGGUUAUUUCUAACAUGUUUGCGCAACUUGGUCAAAACUCAGCACGUGCCAAGGAAAUCACAGCAUCAAUAACGCGUUUUAUCGCUAAAGGAUUAUGUCCGUAUAAUAUAGUUGAGUGGGAAGGAUUUCAGGAUUUGAUCCAUACAUUAGAGCCCAGGUAUAAGAUACCCUCCCGAAAUCAUAUCACCAACACGUGCAUGCCAGCGUUGUAUACACAAGUUAAGAGCCAAGUUGAAAAAGAACUGGCAAAUGCAGAGCGAGUGGCAAUAACAAGUGACGCUUGGACGUCAUGUGCAACGGAGUCUUAUGUGACGAUCACAGCCCACCACAUCACUCCGGAUUGGACGUUAAAUGUUCAUGUGUUGCAGACCAGGGCAUUCAAAGGAUCUCAAACUGGAAAGAAUAUUGGUGCUCUACUGAAACAGGCAUGUAUUGACUGGAAACUUUUUGAUAAAGAGCCAGCCCUGGUAACGGACAAUGCUUCAAACAUGGUUUUAGCUGGCGUGGAAGCAGAGAUGAGCCCUCACCUCAUGUGCUUCGCACACACUAUAAAUCUGGCCACACAGAAAGCCUUCAAAGUGGACACAGUAGAAAGGUUGCUGGGAAGGGUGAGGAGAGUGGUUGGCUUUUUUCACCGCAGUGUCAGAGCAGCAGAAAUUUUACAAGACAAACAGAAACAACUGGCCUUGCCUAUCCACAAACUCAUCCAAGAUGUGUCCACCCGUUGGAACAGUUCCCAUGACAUGCUUGAACGCUUACUGGAACAACAGCCUGCCAUUUCUGCUGCACUCAUGUCCAGGGAUCUCAGAAGAGGAGAAGAGGUUAACACUCUUAAGGACAAAGACUUCUGCGAUGUUGUAGAUAUUGUGAAGCUGAUGGCGCCGGUCAAACUUGUGACCACCAGCAUGUGUGAAGACAAGCGGCCCACACUCUCAAUGAUUUGUCCUGUCAGAGCAAAGCUAAAAAAGAACUUUGAAGCAUCAGAUGAAGACUCAGCGGUAAUCAGAGAGAUGAAACAAGCAUUCAGAAAUGACUUGGAGAAGCGCUACACUGGCCUGGAUGAUCUGUUCUACACUGCAGCAGCUCUGGACCCCCGCUUCAAGUCUCUGCCCUUCCUGACUGACCAUGAUGCUGAGCGGACGUUCACAAGCAUAACAGCAGAAGCUACAUCCCUGCAUAACAAGGCAACAGGGGAUCCAAUUCAGAGAGGCCCACUGCAGACAAAUCCAUGUCAGACUGAACCUGCCCUUGGAGAUCUGGACAUUAGCAUUGAUGCACCCCAGACCCAAGAUGAGCCUAAAGAUGAUGACCCUCCUCUCAAAAAAAAGAAAAUGUCAGCGUUGGACCAGCUGUUGGGAAAAGACUUUGAAGUGAGGAUGGGAGCUAGAUCUGUAAGAGACAAGGCCAACGAAGAAGUCAAGAGGUACAGAGAGCGUGAUCUGUUGUCCCUGCAAAAAAACCCACUGCAGUGGUGGAAAGAGCAGCAGGACUUGCCACUGCUGUCGUCUCUGGCUAAAAAAUACCUCUGUAUCCCGGCCACCAGUGUGGCAUCUGAGCGGGUGUUUAGUACUGCGGGAGAUAUUGUUUCCUCUAAACGCAGUCUACUCAAACCUGAGCACGUGGAUCAAUUGAUAUUCCUGAAGAAAAACCUGUCCCCCAAAAACAACAAGGAUAGUGAGACUUGAAUGAAGGAGAUUUGUAAAAAAAAAG